AUGGCCACAACCUGGGCACCACGCCCUAACCCCAUGGCCACCCCCAUGGUGCAAAACGUUCACCCGCAUCAUGACCCCGUAGUCACCCCCGUGAUGCGGAACGGCUUGUCCGACUUCAAGUGGCCUAGACCCAUUGGAACGGACCCAUCCACAAGGGAUCGUAGUAGGAGAUGUGUCUUCCACAAGGAUCAUGGCCAUACAACAGAGACAUGCCGAGCUUUCCAAUAUCUGGUCGAGAGGCUCAUAAAAGCAGGGCAUUUGAAGCAAUACCUCCGAUCAGAUAAUGGAGGAAGGGACGCAUCCCAACAUCACAACCCCGGGGCCCCUAGGGCCCCAGCUGCCCCCAAGGCCGUUAUAAACUAUAUUAACGGAAGUCCAUCUGACGAGGAGUACGACUCCAGGCGAAAGAGGCAAAAAUUGUUGCGGGCCGCAUCAAUACGCGAACGCAUCAAUUCCAUCCGGCCUGGGCUAACUGGAGGGGGCAGUUCGGCCGAUCUUGUGCAAGCAUCAGUCGUUGGCCACAUGGGACACAGUCUCACAGGCCUCGAAAACCCUGGACGAAUCCUAUCCGGAUUCAACGGGUCUUCAACUAUAUCCUUAGGAGACAUUGUACUGCCGGUCCAAGCAGGCCCAGUCACUCUCAACGUACAGUUUUCAGUAGUACAGGAGUUAUCACCCUUCAAUGUCAUUUUGAGGCACACAUGGCUCCACUACAUGAAAGCUAUCCCCUCUACAUAUCAUCAAAUGGUGAGUUUUCUCACCAACGAUGGCCAAAUCGACCUAUAUGGCAGCCAAUUAGCCGUUCGCCAAUGCUAUCAGAUAGCACGCUUAACGUCUUUCCAGCUGCCAGACCCGUCCGGCAGAAGAUUAGACGUUUCCACCCAGAUAGACAAGAAGUUAUCCGGAAUGAGAUUGACAAAUUGCUAG